AUGCACCAGACGCCGUAUCAUUUACCACUGCCCAGUCAUGGCUACUUGAGCCUCAGUCAAACAUUCUCAGUGCUGAUGAUGCAAACCACGCUCGCAUUCGCCGCGGAGUUGCACAUGCUUUUGCUCCGAGGUCAUUAG